AUGAGCGCGUUUGAGGUAACUUGCACGCCACCAAGAGCGAAAAGAGCACAAGAAUCACGGGAACCGACAGUGGUUCUUCUAGGGCCGUUCACACCGAAGGCUACCGUUGUGUUUGAAGGCGUACCUCUGGGAAAGAGCGCCCGCCGCUUGCUCAUUGUGCGGAAUACAAAUAAAACUUUAGUACAGGUAAAACUAUCCAGAGUUCCCGAUCCUGAGUGUGGGAUCAGUUUCGAGUGGACAGCGGCAGAUGUAGAGGCAGGCGCCGAGAAGACGUUAGAAGUUGUAUGGAAUCCGCAACAUUUAAUUGUGGGCAAGGAAGUGAUCGUACUCACCGAUAGCGUUGGCAACAAGAAAGACGUGCAAUUUGUACUAAAAACAGUCGAGUUAAAAUCGGUGGGACGAAAACCGGUCUCUAAAUCAUUUGUCGUCCCGAAGAAGUUAAAACUAAAAUCACCAUCUCCGCCGAAGGUGAAGCUGAAGCGCAACGUGCUAUCAAAGAAGACGAAAACAUCUCCAGGGAAACAAGGUUGGUCUGUGCCUACGUUUAUGAUAAACAGUGGAAUGGGUGCUAUCACAUCGAAAGUAACAACGACGAUGCAAGGGUCGAGCAACGCGGAACAUAGUUUGGAACAUAAUGACCUACAGGACCAAUACUGUACAAGUCCGACGAUAUCUGCUGGCAGGAAUAAUGUUGACAAGGAAAAUGUAAACCCGGCCACUCCCCUGAUUGGUGCUAGUGGAUUUGAUAUUAAAAAUCCGGUGACACCGAUUUCUGUGUUCGACAGCUAUCUUACUCACAUGGAAAAUCAACCGACACCAGAAUGUUAUAUAAAGGGGAUAGGACGCAGAGGGAUGGUUGAUUUUUCCGUGCGGAAGACUCUGGAAAUAUCUCCCAAAAUUCCGACAGUUAAACUAGCGACCGAUUAUGUGGCUCCGGAUAGGAUAUUAACUCAAACAACCGUUUUAAAGCAACGGACGCUUAGUCAAGAGCUGAAAGCAACACCACAGGAUCGUAAUGGAAAGUUUGAUCCUAGCUGCUUUUCUACAGUUACUAAAGCAACUACAGUAGACAAAACAUAUCUAAAGCCAUUUAUCGGGAGUCCCGCGACGGAGGAAAAUGAUGAUGCACAACAGCAAGCGAACGAUAAUCUUCAGCGACAUUUAACAUUUUCACCAGAACCCGAAUCAUUGAACGUCAACGGUCAAGAGCCGGCAGUAAACCGCAAGCCUAAUGAAACAUUAGAAUCACACAAAAUUAUUGAGCUUGACUCUCAUCGUGAGGAACUGUUGCCCAUCGAAGAACAUAUGAGUGUCAUCAACAAGACUCAUACGGUGGCCUAUGAUUCCAAUCCACAUCUUGCGAGCAUUGCGGAGGAAAAUAUGCCUGAACUUGGUGUAACAUUCGAUCGCCGCCUGGAGCGUCGUAACGGAUCAGUAUCAGAUGUUGCUGAGCUAUUGUCUUCACUACACAACCAGAAAACUUUUAUUGUAUCCGCGGAUGAAAGUGUGCGGUGCGCAUCAGUUGAAAACAUUGUCAAGAAUGUAACCAUCACAAUUACGGAUAAUGUUAGCCGUUGUUCGCUUCCAAAUCUGCAUGAAAAGAGCAGCAUUAGCAGCAAGAGCAAUCUGGAGGAAGACGACGUGGACAAGAUCUUUCAAGAGCAUGAAAUCCGAGCUCAAUCUAGUCGGUUUAAUUUGCACGAAGUUGGCCGGUUCAGCGAUGAGAUGGUUCUAGCUAAUACUGGCAAACGUGGCAUUGCAUCGGUUGGCGACGGAAAGGAAGAAAGGACAAUCAUGUUUGAAAAUGAAAUUUCUCCCCCAAAACGUCGGUGUCGCCCUACUACGGGUUCAGGCACAAUUUUCACCGAACAACAGCCUACCAAAACGGAACCUUCCGUUAGUCACACAUUUCGGAAACCUAUCGGAUAUAAGACAACGCACACUCGUAGUGUAACGCUGACCUCUUCAAGAAAUCUCAGUCUUAAGCGACCCGCAGUAUCUGCCGCUUUGCCUUCAAAAAGUGCUGAGAAACGUGUGUUUUUGUACGAUUCGGAUCGACAUUUGAAAACGCUCAUCAAUCCGGACCCGUUUGCGGCGACAACUACGUGCAACCCUUUCCUUACCGUGACAAUGUAUCUAGAUGAACAGGCGUUUGAACAGUACGAGCGACAGAUGAAAAAGUGGCUUAACGCCCUAGUCACGAUACCGGCCGAUUUGGACACGGAACCCAACAAACCGCUCGACGUGGGUAAGCUCUUUGAUGAGGUAAAAUCCAAAGAUCUUGCCCUUGCCCCCACCAAGGAGCUGAUCUCGUCAAAAUAUUACAAAAAUCGGUUGAACAGCUUACGCAGUGCAGGAAUUGCUCUGUACACUAGUGAGGAGAUAGCGGUUCCACUCCGUAAGGUGGCUGCACAGAUCGAGAAACAACUACUGUCGCUACGUAGCGAACGAAAGCUUCAUCUGGAUCUGGUACUGCAACGCUCGAUUCUAGAAUUACUGCUUUGCUUCAAUCCGUUAUGGCUGCGGCUCGGGUUGGAGGUUGUUUUUGGUGAACAGAUCGAGCUUCAAUCCAACAGAGACAUAGUAGGAUUGAGCACGUUUAUCAUACAUCGAUUAUUUCGGGACCGUUAUCUGGAAGCGCGUAACUCCAAGGCAUUCAGUCUUUCCAGUGCUUACGCCGACCAUAUGAAGAAAUUUACGCUGCGAAUGGUCUUAUUUUUAUUGUUUUUCCUCGACACGGCAAAACGGCGCAAACUGAUCAAACACAAUCCUUGCCUUUUUGUGCGCAAUGCACCGUACAAGGAGACACGAGAGAUUCUGGUACGAUUUUCAUCUGCAUUGGUAGCCGGAAUCGGUGACAUUACGAAGCACCUGAAGCGCGUGGGUUAUACGCUGUCGCAUAAGCAAUCUUUUCUGGACGAAUAUAACUAUGCGUUCGAGAAUCUAGCCUUAGAUCUGCGUGACGGUGUGCGACUGACUCGUGUGAUGGAGAUCAUUUUGCUGCGGGAAGAUUUAUCUGCAAGCCUGCGCGUCCCUCCAAUAUCGCGGCUACAAAAGAUACACAACAUUAAUUUAGCGCUGGGAGCGCUCGAGCAGGCCGAAUAUAAAAUUGCCGGUAAUAUAACUGCUAAGGACAUCUGUGACGGACACCGCGAACAGACGAUGUCACUACUGUGGCAGAUCGUGUACAAGUUUCGUGCGCCAAAAUUCAAUGCAGCCGCGACCGUCCUGCAGCGUUGGUGGCGCAUUAACUGGCUGAAGGUGGUUAUCUCACGCCGCAUCGAAGAAAAGCGACGCUUUAGAAGAGAAGUGGCCGCACGCACCAUUCAAACCGCGGUUCGCGGUUACUGUGUUCGCGUUUGGUAUGAGGCCUAUCGCCAGAAGAAACUGCGUGCUAUCAUAAUAAUCCAGCAGUUCACCAGACGAUAUCUAGCACAAAAACUGGCCGCCAAACGGUUUGCGGCAAUCGUACGCAUACAGCAAUGGUGGCGAUCGAUGAGAGAAAUGCGAUCAGCUCGCGAACGUUAUUUGUUGUGCAAAAAAUCCGCUAUCGUUGUACAAACGUCGUUUCGACGGUACGCACUGGGAAGGAAGCUUCUGGCGGCGUCCACCGUUAUCGGUACGAUUCGUGCCGAAGCAAAGCACCGUCACCUGCAGGCAACAAUAAUUCAGCGAUGCAUAAAAUCGUACGUAAUCCACCGUCGACUGCAUGCGAUCGUUAACGGUAUGAUAGUUUUCAUUCGAAAGAAAUGGUUACAACAUCGAUCUGCUGCAAAAAUCCAAUCUUUCCAACGAAUGCGAAUCGUUCGAAAAAAGUAUCAACUAACCCGUUCGGCUACUAUUUUUAUUCAGCGUCGUUGGCGCGAAUGUUUGGAAACACGACGACUGCGGAACCGAUUCUUAUUGAUGCGUGCUAGCGCCAUUAAACUCCAGAAUUAUUACCGUGGGUGGACGCAAAUGCAAAUGGAUUUGCAAGCAUAUACACACACGCGGGACCUGAUUGUGCAUGUGCAGCAUCGUUGGCGUGCUACCAUAGCAAUGCGAAAGGAACGGUUGGCCUACACCAAUCUUCGUCAAGCUGCGAUUAACGUACAACGAAAUUUCCGAGCACGGAAAGCGAUGAAAUUCGAAGUAGCCCGUUACCAAAUGUUACGCAGGAUAACCCUUACAUUGCAACGACGCUAUCGGGCCAACACGGAAAUGAUGGUACACCGUCAACAGUAUAUCGCUUUACGAGUUGCAACUGUUUGCAUUCAGAGAAGAUUCCGAGCUCGAUUAAGUAUUUGUGCGGCUCGCACAAACUAUGCAAAAAUCCGUUUAGCCAUCAUGACCAUACAGCGGCGUUAUAGGGCCACGGUCCUAAUGCGACAGCAAAGGGAUCAUUUCAAUGCUCUCCGACGAAACAGUAUCAAUGUGCAGAUGCGAUAUCGUGCCAUCCUUGCAGGUAGAGCUACGAAGCAUAGAUAUGAAACAUGGCGCAGAGCGACCAUUUUUAUUCAGCGCAAGUGGCGUGCUACAUUGCAGAUGCGGCAAGAUUGUGCUCAAUACUGCGUGCAACGCAGUGCGGCGAUCACUCUUCAACGGUCGUGGCGAGCUAUUCUGUUGAAACGGAAGAUACGGUAUGAUUAUUUGCGAUAUCGUGACGCGGCCACAAUCCUGCAACGGCGUUAUCGUGCUAUAGUACAGGGACGAUCGGUUCGUCAAGAGCUGGAGCAUCGACGUCGUGCGGCUAUUAUUAUUCAACAACGAUUACGUGCAUCACUGCAAAUGAAACGACAACGACAUCAAUACCUUCAUCUUCGUCAAGCAGCACUCAUACUGCAACAUCGGUUCCAAGCGAAUCGUGCCGGUUUGAUGCAGCGCAAACAAUAUACGGCCCUUAAACGGAGUGCCAUAGCGAUUUCCAACUGGUGGGCCGCUAUUUUAGCAAUGAGACAGCAGCGGUCCAUCUUUAUACAGCUUAAGUUUGCUACCACUGUAAUACAGCAACGAUAUCGAGCACAAAAAUCAAUGCAAGAAACAGUUCAGCGCUACCGGCACAUCCGUUCAGCGGUCGUACUCAUACAGCGAACAUAUCGUGCCCAACGAGCAAUGGAAAAAUGCCGCGGCCGGUUCUUGAAUCUGAAAAGUGCCUCGAUAGUGGUGCAAGAGUUCUAUCGUGGGUACAAAAAGAUGCAACAUGCUCGAACAGCCUUUCUGCGGUUACGGGAAACAGUCAUAUCGAUUCAGCGACGGUUCAGAGGAAAGUUGUUAAUGCGUCAAGCUGUUGCAGAUUAUGAACGGAUGCAGAAGGCAGCAGUAACAGUCCAGCGUUGGUUCCGCGGUCAUCGCGCAAUGGUAAUGGAACGAAAGCGAUUCAAUGCUCUCAAGCGUGCUGCUACGAUACUGCAGAAUCAUUACCGUGCCCGUCGGGAGAUGGUUCGCAAUGUGCAGGAGUACAAUCGAGUUUGCCAUUCGAUUAGAAUUCUUCAAACUCGCUGGCGAGCUACACUCAGCAUGCAUCGAGAACGUGAAAUAUACCGACGAACAAUAGUUGCCGCCAAGAUUAUUCAGAUUCGCUAUCGCGCUUACAGGAAACGAUUGGUUGAUGAGUUGAAUUAUCGCAUUUAUCGCAGUGCCGUAAUCGUUGUUCAAAGGCGAUACCGUGAAAAACUGGAAACUCGUUAUGAGCGGCAACGAUUCGAACAAAUUCGACGCACGGUGUACGGUUUGCAGACUCAUGCACGUGGUUUGCUUGCCCGACGAGCCUUCCGGGCGAUGCUAACUCCUGAGUAUUUGGAGCAGAAACGAUGGGAAAAGGCUGCACUACGAGUCCAGAGGUGGUGGCGUGGUGCCUACCAUCGGAAGCGCUAUCAGACGGCGAAAAUGCGCACAAUUGCUCAACAGAUGGUAGUGAGUCGCCGGGAGGCGCAACGAGAUCCUUCCAAUCGGCUUAGUAACGUAAGUCGGCUUUGCAUGCGCUUCUUGAAAACACGUUUUAGCUCGUCCGAAGCAAUUGGCAUCCUGCAGCGAUUAGAGCGCAUGUCACGACUGGUACCGCAUCUGCUGGUGGAGGAUGCCGUGUUUUUAGCGGUGUUCUGUUAUAACACAAUGGCCCAGGCCAUACGCUCCGAGGUGGAUAAAAUAUUGAUAGAAAUAUGUGCCCGCAUCAUAUUAAAUUUGGCACGCUUCGAAGGUACCAAGGAACAAGCAUUUCAAGAAAACGGCCUCGUCACGGUGUCACAAAUGUUGCUUCGCUGGUGUGAUAAAGAUUGUGCAAUAUUUAGCACUCUUUGCACUCUGCUAUGGGUUUUAGCUCACGAUGAUAAGAAGAAAAAUGCUAUUCGUCGUUAUAUGAUUUCGAAAGACGCCAUAUUUAUGUUGCGUGAAACAAAAAAGUUAGUACAACGCAAGGAAAAGAUGCGCAAGAAUGUUCAGCGUCCGGUGGGUUGUUUGGUCGCACCGAAUCCGCAGCUAAUGCGCACCGUACCUUCACUGGAGCCUGACUUUGGCGUCAACCGCACCAAACCAUAUAUAUUCUACUCAUCCGUAUUUGGGUUUGAGCGGGUUCUUCAGAUGUUAGAAGUGGAUCUUACAUAA